AUGUUAGAUACAAUAAAGAAAUACUAUGCUACAUAUCGACGGAAGAGGUUGGAGUCUGAAGUAGGGCUUCGAGUACGGAACCAGAUCCACAGGUUGUCUCUGGUCUUAGGGCCCACUGUCAAGGUGUUAGUGCCGAAUUUCCGGGCUGCCCAUUAUUGCUAUAUCAUUUUCUGGGUCUUUUUCGGGUCUGUGCUAGUAUAUCCUGUCAGAAAUUUGAGAUAUAUCGACGCUCUCUUCUUCACUGGGGGUGCGUCCACACAGGCUGGAUUAAACACUGUGGAUACCAACACUAUUGCUUUGUACCAGCAGAUUAUUCUCUACAUCAUUGCUACAUUUACGACACCCAUUUUCAUCCAUGGGCUGAUGCUUUUUGUGCGAUUGUACUUUUUCGAACGACAUUUUGAUAACAUCAAGGAGAAGUCUAAGCUCAACUUCAAGAUGAGACGGCAGGCUACAAUUGCUGCUCGGACCCAGUCGAUGGACGCUACCAGGUUGAACACCUUCACCAACCAAAACUUGGGGUUUGACAAAAGCAAACGCAACAACAAUAGAGGUGACAAUGUAGAUAAAGAGCAAAAGGACAACGGGCUCCAUACUGUAGAUGUCGAAAUGGCGAAUAAUUCAUCACCGCAAUCUUCUUCUACUUUUCAUGGAGAUGUAGAACACAUCGAUGAGCCCUCCGAUUCUGAUGAAGAAAGAGGAAGGAGAGCCCCCGACGAUAUCCGAUUGAAUGACUUGAAUCCGGAUUCGCCUCACGAUGCCGUUCGUUUUGGCAACUUGCCACAGCCAUCAAAGAGAGCCAGAUCGAAGGAGUUAGAUCCUUCAGACAUGUACCGGUCUAUUGCGCUUUUGCAGGAUAGCCACAAUAAUAGCACCCGUAAUCUUGAUGAUGAUGAUGAGGUUUUGGUGAUAAAGUCGCCGAACGAGAUCGAAAAAACAGGUGGACGUAUUUACACCAAACGCAAACCUAAAAGCCACAGACCAAGUGGCAGCUCCGGGUCCAAACCUUGGAAAAAGGGCAGCAAGUGGUCCAAUCGUUUGAGAAAGACGUUUUCCAAUUCUGGCCUGUCAAGCACACCCAAAACCAAACGAAGCUAUUCCACUGCGCUGGAAGAAAUUGUGGACGAUGAUGCUUCUAUUGACUCUGAAAAUGAAGUAGUCACUACUGACGUUGCAGAUGAUGACGAUGAAAAUGACCAUGACUACAACCACAAUGACAACAACGAUGAUGAUGACGAUGAUGAAGAAGCUGUAGAUGAUGAAGAUAGCGUAAAUGACGGAGACGUAGAAGACGAUGCCAAUCCGGAAAGUCCUAGAAAAGAAGGACCUACCACUCAUUUUGCGGAGCCUGCCAACGAUCCCCGUAGAAAAAGACCCAAUUUACUAGAUGUUCCUAAUGGAUCGAGAAAGCACUCAUUUGUAAGUUCGCCCACUUACGAAAAGUUUGAGAAGUUCAAAAAGAACAUCAAAAAAGGCAAACUCAAACGGAUAAAAACGCCUGGAGUCUCACAGACUUCGUCUCGUUUGUUCGGCUACAACUCUAGUAUCAAUGUAGACGAUGAUAGUUACGUGGAUGAGGACGCAUAUGACGAAGACGACGAGGAAGCCAGCUAUGAAGAAAACGAAAUCGGCCCUACUAUCACCAAAGUCAUGAGUACGAACUACUUGUCUUGGGAACCUACUGUGGGAAGAAACUCUACUUUCAUUCAUAUGACGGAAGCUCAGAAAGAGGAGCUUGGCGGUGUAGAAUACCGUGCGGUGAAGCUCUUGAUCAAGAUUUUGGUACUAUACUAUAUAGGCUUCCAUGUUCUUGCAGUCGUCCUUCUUCUUCCCUGGAUUCUUAUGAGAGAGAGCUACAUAGAAGUAGUUCGUACUCAGGGUGUCUCUCCUACCUGGUGGGCGUUCUUCACUGCACUGUCAGCGUUUAAUGAUUUGGGAUUUACCUUAACAGCAGACUCGAUGGUGCUGUUUGGUCGUUCCGUGUAUGUGAUGAUUGUUGUUUCUUUCUUUAUCGUCAUUGGUAAUACGGGUUUUCCUGUAUUUCUUCGUUUCAUAAUAUGGAUCUUGUUCAAGACUGCCAAACCAUUGUCGUUGUACAAGGAGUCGUUGGGCUUCUUGUUGGAUCACCCCAGACGUUGUUUCACUUUGCUCUUCCCAUCAGUGCCUACGUGGUGGCUUUUUAUAAUUCUUGUGGUUCUCAACGGUGUUGAUUUGGUUCUCUUUAUCAUUUUGGACUUGAACAACAACUAUCUUAAGGAGAUCCCGGUUGGAUACCGUAUUGUUGAUGGGCUUUUCCAGGCUUUCAGUACCAGAACUGCAGGUUUUGCUGUCGUAGACUUGUCUCAGUUGCACCCUGCCGUUCAAGUUAGUUACAUGAUCAUGAUGUAUAUCUCUGUUUUGCCUUUGGCUAUAUCUAUCAGAAGAACUAACGUUUAUGAAGAACAAUCUUUGGGUGUUUACUUGAAAGAAGAGAAUCACGAAGACGACGAAAAGACUCCACAUACAUUUAUAGGUGCGCAUUUGCGAAACCAAUUGUCUUUCGACUUGUGGUUCAUCUUUUUGGGACUCUUUAUUAUGUGUAUAGCCGAGGGGGGCAAAUUGAACAAUAAUGAUAUCAGAUUCACAGUUUUUUCGAUCUUGUUUGAGAUCAUCAGUGCCUAUGGUACAGUUGGUUUGUCGCUUGGGUAUACUGGAGUGAAUGCUUCACUCUCUUCGCAGUUCUCUGUCAUUUCCAAAUUGGUCAUCGUAGCCAUGAUGGUUAGAGGAAGACAUAGAGGUUUGCCAUAUACAUUGGAUAGAGCCAUCAUGUUGCCAGAUGCUGAUAUGCAGAGACGUGAUCACUUGCAAGAAAAUCAUGCCAUCCGUAGACAUACUACAAUGGAAAGAGAAAACACACUUGGAAUUGGUGGAGACAAUAUCUUGAGAAGAGUGAUCACCAGAGAAGGAGGAAUUCUUUUCGGUAGAAGAAGAUCUUCAGCCUUUGCCAUGCCUUCUCUUAGUGAAAAUCCUCUGUAUAUCAUCACUUCAACUUCUCAGGAAGAACAGGAGUUAGAGGCAAUCAGAAACCAAGUCUAG